AUCCCUCGCACGCCCCACCACCCUCCCUCUAUAUAUACACCCCUUUCUCUCUCUCUCUCUCUCUCUCUCUCUCUCUCCACAUCCAUAUCCACACAUUCCUCAAUAUCCACAUCCCAUCAAUUCCUUCUCAUAACUUUCGGCGAGUUUUACGCGCUAAAAAAACCCAUCAAUUUUACAAACCCAUUUUAAUUUCCAAAAUCCCAAAACCAAUGGCAUCAACAUCAGCAAUUUCGCUACCCCUGCUUCCAUGCACCAGAACCAGCCCUUACCGGAGAACAAACAGGGUACUCUCGGCGACCGUAUCGGCGUCGUUGCGGAACGAGAGCUAUGGGGGGAGAUCGGUGGUGGACGAGAACCUGAUCGUGCUGCGGAAGAGGAUCCACGAGAUGAAGGCGGCGGAGAGCGGCCACGAGCCCCCGCCGGCCCACUGGAUGGAGUGGGAGAAGAGGUGGUACGCCGGGAAAGACGAGUUUGCCUGCGAGCUGACGGGGCUGUUGCAGACCAGGAUGAUGGGCGCAAGGCCGUGUUUGGUUCUGGGCGCGAUCUUGGUGAUCGCUCUCAGCGUGCCCACGGCGGGGGCGGUGGCUGGGAUUCAAAUGCUGGCGGUGAUUAAGGGAGUCUGUCUUGGUUUCCAUACUUAAUUAAUUCGAUUAAAUGUUUUAAUAGAGUUUAAUUCUUUGAUUUGUCUGAUCCAGUCAAAGAAAUGUAUAUGAAUCGUUGCGUAA